AUGGUGGCUGCUACCAUAAUUGAUGAUUCUAUUGGCCAAGAAAAUGCCAAUGAUAAAGAAGAAAUGCAAACUUACAUCAACAACGGCAAUGAUGAUGAUCAUGAUGAUAGCCACAAAAAUCAGCAAUCUGAAGCUGUCUCCAAUAAUGACGAUUAUGGCGAUGAGAGCAAUGAAAAUCAGCAAUCUCAUGCUGAAGGUAAGCUUGAGAAAAUACAGAGAGGAUGGGGAAAUGCUCUGGAGAAGAUAGAACAAGAUAAAGGGUUGACGGCAAAAGAGAAGCAAUCGCAUUGUUGGAAGAUUUUUGGAAAGAUUGCCAAAAAAAGCAGUGAAUUGGAGAUGAAGAAAGAGGAUGAUUACCAAUGUCCCAAGGAGCAAAACACUGAUGAAUUAUCAACUACGCAUUCUAUUUCUACAACAGAAGAAGGUUUUCAGAAAGAUGGUCAAAAGACGGAGGAGUUGAACAGUGAAUUGGUGGUAAUUUUGAAAGAGCAGAUCAGGGAACUGGAAAUGAAGCUUUGUGCCGUGAAUACAUCGUCUAAGAUCUACCGCAGCAUUCUUCACGACUGCGUAUUUCUAGUUGCCUGGGGAACACAAUGUCAUCAGUUUAUUUCUCUGGAUCACCCAAGCACCCCCAACAGUUUGCAUUUCAACAUGCGGAUGUUCGGAAAUUUUCCUGUUAGCCUUACCAACUGCCCAAACCAGGAACUGUUACUCUACAUGUCGUAUCUAAGUCUAGAUUAUGCAGCAGAUCACCAAAGGAUUGACAUGCUUCAUCUUCUGCACGUAGCAAACUUGCCUCCUCGGGUACAACCGUUGCGCUUAUUAACUCCCAAUUAUUAG